AUGGCCAUCUCGUCCGCUAUCGUAUGCUUUUUUACCACAAUCCUGUUCCUCGCCGGCUAUGUGCUUCAGCAGCAGACAGUAUCAGACCUCCAAGCCGUCAUCAAGCCACAUGUACCCUCUCCGAUAGCGCCACCUGUACCUCCCCCACCCCCGACAAACCCAAAUGCAAGAGCCGCUCGUCCCGUAGGCGCAAGCUUGAAGGCAUAUGGAGAGCUCCAAGCAUACCUGUCUUCGGGGCCGAAGUCGAUCGACUGGAGCAGGCUGGCGUAUACACAGCUGGUGAAAAACCAUGCCGACGUAUGUAGCGCGGUCAUGCUGUUCGGGGAUCUGCAUCGGAUGAAGAGUCCCGCAAGGAGAAUACUCUUGUUUCCACAAGCAUGGGCGAUAGGUGGGAAGGGAGAAGUGGAAGACCCCUGGGUAGAAACGAGCCGCAGGCUACUGAGAAAAGCGGCGAGGCGAUACAGAGUAAUUCUGCAGCCGAUGACAACUAUGGCACAUGGAGGUGAUGAUUCGGUAGCCUCCUCCUAUUCACUUGCGACCCUGUUCGCUCUUAAAGAUUACGACCGCGUUCUCCAGCUGGCAACACCCGGGCUUGUGCUCGACUCAUCACCUCUCGACUCAAUCCUAGGCUUUGGACGUCCGGAGCCACUGUCUGCUCUUCCAGUGGACGACACGCGCAAAAAUAUAUCGAUGACUCUUCUACUAGCCCGCCCAUCUUCCAAGUCGUUCGAAGACUUGUUUCAGCAGUGGUCAUCCGCUCCGACCUCCGACCUCGAGCUUUUCCGCCAAAGCUUUGCCGCUCCUCACUCUCUUCUCCCUCCACACUUUCACAAGCGAGGCGUAGUCACAGACACAGCAUCCUUGCGAGAUGUUCCGGAACAAUUUAAUACUACGAGCUUCUUAGACCGGACUGCAUACGUGCAUCUUUUUGAUCCAGGACUGCCGGGCCCGGAGUACGAUGUGCCCUAUUCGGAACGACUGCGCUUUAGACCUCGACACGAUGACGCGAGUUUCCUGUGGGAACGGUUCUACGAGACGUACAGACAGAGGAGGAUGGAUGUCUGCGGGCUGGACCUGGAGACCUGGCAGCUGCCGGUGGUUGCUGUAGAUCCAGCCCCGGAAGCUGCUACGGGAACAAGAGAGGCAGGAGGCACGGCAACGCUAGCUGUUGAAGAUGUAAAUGACAAACCUAUAGAGCAUGGCGAUGCAUUGUAA